CUGGUGACUGGGAAGGAAAUGAAUAACAUUCAGUGGGGAAAUGUCCUCCUGGGACUGUGCAAUGGUAGAGAAAAGGGCUCUCUAAUCCGAAACCUUCCUGUGAAUUACGGGCAAAACCACAAGCAUCGAAAUCCACUGAGAGGAGUGACAAUUACCAACGAGACCGCUGCAUCUUUUAAUCUGAGACCUUGAUAUAAAUAUUCCAAAAGGGAUGAGUCCUCCUCCAUUCCUUGGAUGCCCCCCAGUUGUAUCCGAUGGAUUUGCCUGUGAACGUUGCCUUUCUCGGCACCAGCAACACCUCUACUGCAAACAAUAUAUCGGGGACAGGUCCGAUGCUGGAUAUUGUCACGUUGACCCCCGUUCCGAACAGCUUAGUAACACUGAGCAGCGCUGGAAACCACACGGGGGGAGGCGAUCAAAACCAGCAAUACACCCCAGUAAACACCGACGCGAAUUCUCUUCUUCACGGCAUUGCCGUGGCAGCUCAAGCACUUGUACUUCUGGCUAUUUUCCUCCUGUCAAGUUUAGGAAAUUCGGCCGUUGUUGUUGUCAUUAUCAAGCACAGGCAACUGAGAACGGUAACGAAUGCUUUUAUAAUGUCUCUGUCUCUUUCUGAUUUCCUGACGGCCAUUCUUUGUUUACCUUUUUCCUUUAUGAUGCUCUUCAGUAGAGAUGGUGUGUGGAUAUUUGGGGACCGUUUCUGCAUUGCCAAUGGGUUCUUUAACACAUGCUUCGGUAUCAUAUCCACACUGACGAUGACUUUGAUCUCCUUUGACCGGUAUUAUGCCAUCGUGAGGCAGCCUCAGGAGAAAAUAGGGAGGAAGAAGGCCAUCCAGUUGUUAGUGGCUGUUUGGUUGACAGCGGUUUUUUUCUCCUUACCUUGGUACUUGUUGCUGGGAGCAUCCAAUGAUCUAGUGGUGCAUAAAAGGGGAUUUUACCAUUGCAUGUAUGUCUUUCAUUCGGGUACAUCCAGAAUGGGCACAUCGUACAGCAUAGCAUUGAUCGUGGUAUGUUAUCUUCUUCCCUUUGCACUUAUGUGUUUCUGUCACUAUAAUAUUUGCAAGACUGUAAGGCUGUCAGAAAUAAGGGUGCGGCCAGUGACCACGUAUGCACACCUGCUCCGAUUUUACAGUGAGAUGAGAACGGCCACUACGGUACUUAUCAUGAUUGUGUUUAUCAUCUUCUGUUGGGGUCCGUACUGUUUGAUGGGCAUUAUAACAGCUGUGGGGGAUUAUUCCUUCAACCCUGUCAUGGACACUGUUGCGAUAUGGAUGGCUUGGGCAAACGGGGCAAUCAAUCCUCUUAUUUAUGCCAUAAGGAACCCCAACAUAUCAAUGCUAUUGGGGCGAAAUAGAGAGGAGGGGUACAGGACUAGAAACAUUGCCGCAUACCUUUCAACACAGACUCAAAGUAGAGAAGUCAGAACACGCGCCGACAGAAUAAGAGACAGGUAUGUGAACAGACAUGGAGCAGGUAGCAGAAUGUCUUCAUCCAGCCCAGCCAACGGAGGUGAAAUCGCGAUGUGGGCGUGUAAAAACCCCGCUGUCCUCUUUUGCAGGGACGGUCAGCCGGACACAUUGUCUGAGCCCACUGUGCCCAAAAUUGAGACCGCAGACACAAGUUUGUAAGUUCUGUUGUACAUGACUACAUGUUUUUCUAUUGUUAUCUAAAUAAGGUAGAGUAUUUAUAUUAAAGGGGUGUUUAUAAGAGGGAACAUGUGCCAAAAAGAAUAAUUUCUUUAGCGACGGUCAUGUGGAUAAAUAAAAACUGCCUACUCAAACGGUGCCAGAGGACAAGAUUCAAGUAAACUUUUUAAAGUGCCAAUAUGCAGCAAAUCACUAGUAGUGCAUUGAAUGAACACUGUGAAAGAAUGAAAAACAUAUAAUAUGCUAACUAUCUUUUGAUUCUUGUGGAUUACUUCCCCUGUCUGGUUUUGUCUGAAAUCUGUAGCAUAUAGCCUUAUGGGGAAAAAGUUGAUUAGGUCCUACAAAUUGCUCACAGAAGACAGCGAAAGACAAACGCAAGACAUAGCUAUUUAUUUGCAUAGAAGUGUAAAAUCAAACGCAAUCUCGUUUAUGAUGCUUUUUAAGACAAGUGCUUAAAGCCUUAGGCUUUAUGUAAUUCAUAUUUUAGGCCUACAUUUAAAACUAUAUAGAUGGCCUAUUACUGUAUGCUUCGGUAAUAUAUGCGCCACAUGCAUUUAAUGAUAAUGAAGACCUUGCAACAGUCACCAUACACAUAAGGCGACGUCAGCCAGUUAUAAAUAAAAGCGUCACAUAACUCAGGUUAGAUUAUGAAAUAAUGUUGAUUUAUUUCUCUGAUUAGUUUCUAUAGGAACCCAGACACUAAAAAGUGAAUGAGGGCUACAUCUUAUAAAAGGAAAAGUUAUGCGAAGUAGUAUUUAUUUUUGGCAUUGACAUCUGGUGUUGUUACGAAUGUUUUACCGCCAGUUCUGCCUGUCAGUAUCAGCCAUCAAGCCAAAUGUCAACAAAUUGAAGCAGUUUCACAUAAUGAGAAUCUGUUUGACAAUUUAAAAAAAGCAAUUUCGAAGAAUUUCACUAUGUGAAACCUGCCACAAUACUCACAUGGUAUUUAUUAAUUAACAGUUUAAUUGUUUACACAGUGAAAUUGGCUAUUAUUAAAAUAUUACAGUGCAUACUUCAUUGUGAUGCUAAUCACAAUACUUCUGUGGUAAAAAAAACAAAACUAUGGGGUAUUAUCCUAAACUCAUUUUUAAAUACAUAAUUUUAGGAACAGUAACAUUUAUGGUGAAAAUGAUGAAGCUGUGAAUAACAUCUUUACCUUUUAAAUGGCCAUAUUCGUAUAUAACCUAUAGAAUGACCUGUUAUUCUACAAAUGAAAAAGUUUGUUCUGUUUUUGUACACCUGUAUAAGUACAAAAUAUGUUCUUUAUACAUCCUCGGUGGCAAUGCUAAACAAUCACCCCAAAAACUCACUAUUAUUUAUGGAAUGUCAUUCUUCUGAAUGUGUAUAACAAAAGCACAAUAUUUUGUACUCUCUCCAAAAAUAAUUAUGUUUAAUUUGUAAUUAGAAUGUGCUCAUUGUUGUAAAGCCUUAAAUAGUGUCCAGAUAAAAGUAUCAUUAUUUGUUUGGUCUUGAAAAAAGAACACAACACUGCUUGCCACUCUGAAGUCUGUGAAUUAUGUUGGCAGAAUGUGUUAUUGUUUGUGACAAAAUACGUGUUUGUAAGAUUAUAUUUUGCCAUUUAAAUUAAAUGUUUUGAUGCAUCAUAAA